AUGACGUCCUUAGCAACUAAACUCGAGCUUCCAUGGGUUGAGAAGUACCGGCCGAAGCUGCUGAAAGAUGUUGUGGGAAACGAUGAAACGGUGGAGCGCCUGCAACAGAUUGCCAGGGAUGGAAAUAUGCCACACAUGAUCAUCUCCGGGCUGCCCGGUAUUGGGAAAACCACAUCGAUCCACUGCCUGGCGCACGAGCUGCUAGGGGACGCAUACUCACAGGCCGUGCUGGAACUGAAUGCAUCGGACGACCGUGGUAUCGACGUCGUGAGAAACCAGAUCAAGCAGUUUGCGCAAAAGAAGUGCACGUUGCCACCCGGCAAGCACAAAAUUAUCAUUCUGGAUGAGGCAGACUCCAUGACCAGCGGCGCGCAGCAGGCGCUGCGGCGGACGAUGGAAUUGUACUCCAAUACCACGAGAUUUGCGUUUGCAUGCAACCAGUCGAACAAAAUUAUCGAGCCCCUCCAGUCGAGAUGUGCGAUCCUGCGCUACUCCAAGCUGUCUGACGAGCAAGUGCUGAAGCGCCUCUUUGAAAUAAUCAAGGCGGAAAACGUACAGUACACCAAUGAUGGUCUGGAGGCGCUGAUAUUCACUGCGGAAGGUGACAUGCGGCAGGCCAUCAACAAUCUGCAGAGCACCGUGGCGGGCUUCACGUUAGUGAACGGCGACAACGUUUUUAAGAUAGUGGACUCGCCGCAUCCCCUGGUCAUCAAGAAAAUGCUGCUAUCUGCUACUCUUGAUGAGUCGCUCAAUUACUUACGCGAAUUGUGGGGCAAAGGGUACUCGGCGGUGGACAUAAUCACUACAUGUUUCCGUGUCAUGAAGAACUUGACAGAGAUUAAAGAACCCCUGCGGCUGGAGAUGAUUAAAGAAAUAGGAUUCACGCACAUGAGGAUUUUGGAAGGUGUGGGUACCUACCUGCAGCUCUGCGGCGCCUUGGCGCGAAUCCAUCAGCUGAAGACUUAG